GAGCUCUUGAUCAUCUAUCUAGUGUACUAAUCACGAAAAGCAUGAGCACACAAGCGGCCGAUUCAACUAUCAAGAUAGAAGCUAGGUCUGAAGCUGACUCGGACCCACUAGGAAUCGGCACCCCAUUACCUUUACAUCAGGUCUCUUCCGAGUCAGAUUCCCGCCCAUCUUCAUCAAAAGCUCCAAUAUACGUCAAAAUAUACCUUCAAGAUGACUGUCUAAAGCACCGAUUCAUCCGCUCACGAGAUACCUCGAGCAUCGUGGAGCGACCCGAACGUCUACGCGCCGUCAAGAUUGGACUCGCUGCCGCCAUAGCGCGUAUCGAAGAGGCUGAAGGUGCUUUGAAGCCUUCAGAUGCAAAUGUUUCCGUAGAGGAUGAGCUGGCUGCUGCACUCGGAAAGAUGGAUAUCGCUACAUCCGAUGCUGGACUUAUUCGAGCUCGAAGUAUUUCUGUCACAAGAAGUACGGCUACUGUCGAUCUCUUGGAUAACGCUGCGGUGAAAUACGUCCAUGGAGAUAUAGAUGGGGAUGUGUAUCUUCAGACUUUGAAGGCAUGGGCUCGGGAUAGCGAAGAUAAUAUCACCAAGAAGGGGUCUGAAAUGCCGGAGGGGAUGCCACCACUCGACCUGUAUCUAUGUCCCUCAUCUAUCGAUGCUAUCCAAGGCGCCAUUGGCGCCGUGUGCCAAGCAGUCGACGCCGUCAUUGCGUCUACUAGCAUAAAUCCUUCUGUCGUAGCUACCGGCCCUCAACGAGCAUUUGUAGCAGUGAGACCCCCUGGCCAUCAUUGUGGUGAAGAUACCCCGUCUGGAUUCUGUUUUGUAAACAAUGUGGCGAUUGGUGCAGCUCACGCACACCUCAAACACGGAAUUCAACGUGUUGUUAUACUGGACAUUGAUUUGCACCAUGGGAAUGGCACGCAGUCAAUAGUAUGGCAAAUCAAUGAAGAGACAUACCGACAGACGCUCGAAUCUGAACAGUCGCCUUCUGAAACCAAUGCACCUUCUCGAACUCGUGGUCCACAGAUAUUCUACGGUUCAAUACACGACAUUCUCUCUUUCCCGUGCGAGGACGGUAAGGUAUCCUUUGUUCAAGCCGCAUCAACCUCGAUACACGGAUCACAUGGACAAUACAUCGAGAAUAUACAUUUGCAAACUUACAGCUCCGAAACACACUUUUGGGAAGUUCUCUACAAGGAACAAUAUUCGACGCUGCUGAGGAGAGCAUCGCAAUUCCUUGACGGUACCGGCGGACCAGGUGAUGAUGUCAUGUUCUUCAUCAGUUGUGGUUUCGAUGCUGGUGAACACGAGUAUCCAAGUAUGUCUCGUCAUAACCGAAAGGUUCCUACAAGUUUCUAUCAUCAAUUUACUCUCGACACGUGCACUUUUGCCGAUAUUUAUGCUCGUGGACGUGUCGUGAGCGUGCUCGAAGGCGGGUACAGCGAUCGUGCGCUGAGUAGCGGGGCAAUGGCACAUAUAUGUGGACUCGUUGGGGAUACCGUCCGAGUGGAUGAGAGGUGGUGGGACUUGGAAAACCUCAUCAAGCUCGAGAAGGCCACCAAGGCCCGUAAAUUUGGGCACCCUUCACAAGGAAACACCGAUCUCGAGCCAUGGCUUGCACGUACCUUAGAGCUGCUCUCCCAUCUCGAUGUCUACCGAACCCCGCCACAACCUUCACGGAAUUGGGCCCCACCGAAAUCGAGGGCCCUACGCGAGCGCAAGAAGCUCUCGAGAAACAGCAGCACACCUGAGGUGGCCAGUAAGCCUGACAAGGAUACGCAGAUAUCAGCGCCUGUGUCCAGUAGUUCGUUGACUUCUACAUCUGUGUCCGAGAGUGAGACUGUGGACUCUCUCAGUGCGAAGAAGCUGCCUCGAGUUAUUUUACAUGUCAGGCCCCCGGAGGGCACAUCGUGAAGGUGGUGUAUGUGAUAUCGAUACGUACUGGUUAUUGGAAGCUUUUUUAUAUCUAACGUGUACUUGUUAAUGCGAAUAUUGAUAUUUCUUCAUUAGCUCGUU